GCGGGCGCCGGGGCGGAAGGACAUUAUGAUGGUUGGUGACGUGUGGGGAGAGGGACGAUUGCGGUGACUGGGCGUGACUUUGUCGUUUGUGAAGUCGGUGUCGCCAAUCUCACGAGCACAGAGAUAUCGGAAUUACGGUCUUGUUUUCCCCGUUGCGCUUUACCGCUUUGGGGGAGGCGUGAUCAUUGAGCUUGAGGAACGGAACAUCGUCAACGUCGACAACGAUUGGUGGUGAUUGACGACGACACACCAAUUGAGACCCUCACUCGGCCCCUCUACACUCACCAUGGCGUCCAAAUAUGCCUUUUCCUCGGGCCUGAAGGAGCUGAGGUUCCUGUUCUGUCAGUCGAGCGAGCACAGCGCUGCGACAAGAAACUUCCUCUCGAGCACCUACCCUACCAUGAAGCAGCAAAACCCCAACACCCCGAUUCUGAUCCGGGAAGCCAGCGGCAUCGAGCCCAAGGUCUACGCGCGCUUUGAUUUUGGAAAAGAGAAGUCGCUCUCCUUGAAGGGCAUGGACAACAAGAGCAUCGAAAGUGAGGUCACACGGCUUGCUCAAUCCAAGAUAUAAUUCCUGUCGAUUGUGGGCAGUAAUGAUUU